AAAAUGGAUGUGUGGUAUCUCAUUGUUGCAAUAAUCUUGUUUGCAUCUAUACUCGUUGCAAAGAGCACCAGAAAAACAAAGAAAAACCUACCUCCUGGACCACCAAGACUUCCUAUAAUUGGCAACUUGCACCAACUGGGAUCCAAACCUCAUCGUUCCAUGUUCAAAUUAUCUGAAAAAUAUGGACCUCUAAUGUCCCUCAAGCUUGGAAAUGUGUCUACCGUUGUGGCGUCAACUCCAGAGACAGUGAAAGAUGUCUUGAAAACGUUCGACGUUGAUUGUUGUUCACGACCUUACUCGACGUACGCUGCAAGACUUUCAUACAACCGCAACGACCUCAGCUUUUCUCCUUAUAGCAAAUAUUGGAGGGAACUGCGAAAGCUGACAGUUAUAGAACUCUACACCGCGAAAAGGGUGAAGUCGUUUGGACAUAUCAGAGAAGAAGAAGUUGCCUCCUUCGUUGACUUCAUCCGACAAUCUGCCUCAUUGGAGAAACAGGUUAACUUCAAUCUCAAGUUUAUGAAAUUGUCAGCAAGUGUGAUUUGUAGGCUUGGAUUUGGGAUGAGUCUUGAAGGGAGUAAACUUGAGAUUACUUAUGAUGAAGUCAUUCAAGGGAUCAUGGAGGUUUUAGGGAGUUUCGCUGCAGCGGAUUUCUUCCCCAUUAUUGGUAAAUUAAUCGAUAGGCUCACGGGGUUACAUGGCAAAUGUGAGAAGGUUUUUCAAGCAAUGGAUACAUUUUUCGAUGAAGCUAUAAAGUGUCAUUUAGACGAUGAGAGUAUCAAAGAUGAUAUCAUAGCCUUGCUCCUCAAGAUGGAACGGGGAGAGAUUGGACUUGGAGAGUUUCAACUUUCUCGAAACCACACCAAAGGAAUUCUUCUUGACAUUCUUGUUGCUGGGAUAGACACUUCUGCCCAAACUGCAACAUGGGUGAUGACACAUUUGAUUUCAAACCCAAGAGUUAUGAACAAAGUGCAAACCGAGGUGAGAGAAGUGGUCAAAAACAAAGACAAUAUCACAGAAGAUGAUAUAGAGCAACUGAAGUAUCUCAAAAUGGUGAUUAAAGAAACAUUAAGGAUAAACCCGCUUGUGCUACUUCUAAUUCCUAGAGAGGCGUCAAAGGAUUUAAAGAUCAGAGGUUAUGACAUUCCAAAAAAUACAUGGAUCUAUGUCAACGUUUGGGCUAUUCACAGGAACCCAAACAUUUGGAAAGAUCCAGGAGCUUUCAUCCCUGAGAGGUUUGUGGACAAUGAAAUUGAUUAUAAAGGUCUAAAUUUUGAGUUGCUGGCAUUUGGUAGUGGAAGGAGGAUGUGCCCUGGUAUGGGUGUGGGUAUGGCUUUGGUACACUUGACUCUUGUCAAUCUUCUUUACCGUUUCGACUGGAAGCUCCCGGAAGGAAUGGAGACAAGAGAUGUUGAUCUUGAAGAAUCAUAUGGACUUGUCUGUCCUAAGAAAAUUCCACUUGAGCUUAUCCCGGUUAUUACAAAGCGGACUUGACUUUUAUAUAUAUUAUUGUCAUACUUUAAAAUGUAACCUUUGGAAGUGUUUUGAAGGUGUUACCAUUAUCAAUAAGAAACAUGUUUGAUGAAUCCAGUUUUUAGCAAAUUAUGUCUGGUAACCAUAACGUUUUAUGUCCGCUAAUGCAUGUUCAAACAAGUCUAACAAAUUAUUUUAAUGGACCACAGAAAAAUGAUUACAAAUUCAUGAUCCAAAAUACAAUUAUGAUAUGACGUUUUGACUAACCAUAAAAUCUACUUAUAUUAAUGAAAGUAGAAGAGAACUUCACCAUUAGUACUGCGCCUAACACGUGGAUUUUUCUUAGUUUUGUUCGUAAAGAUAAUCACAAAAAUUAUAGUUCUCGAUAUUAUAGUUCAGUCUCUUCAUCUAUCCUUAUAAGUUUUUCCUGGUCCAUGAAAUUAUCUGAUAUUCAAUAACAUACUCGCAAAAGGCUAUGAUCAUCAUGCAAAUACAACUUCCGCCUUCAGAUGAAAUAUUGAGUUACAGGACUUAGGGUUCAUGCAGGAAUAUUCACUGAUUUAGACUAUAGUUUGAAACAAUAGUAACGUUGAUUAAAAAAAGUUGUUGUUACAAGAGAAAAUGUGCACACAUAUGGAUUCCUCAAACAUUUUCCUUAUUCAAAUUGAAAAGACUUUCAAGAUACGUUCAAAUGUUACAUCUUGAACAAUGAAAAUAUAAAAAGUUUUUAAGUCCAUUGGGUAAUGACCGGUAUGAGUUCAAGUGGAAUCUUCUUAGGAGAGACAAGUCCAUAUGACUCUUCAAGAUCA